GUCGAGUAGCGCUCUUCAAGCAAAGAAACACCGACAGGCUUCCAACGACAAUGACGAAAGACGAGACGAAAGCUGACUCCCCCCAGGUCAAAGAUAACACCAAAUCGGUUAAGCGGAAGGCUGAUUUGGAGGAAAUUGAGGUCGAUGUUUCCGCUCCAGAGCCUCCUUCCAAGCGAGCGAAGCGUGCUCUGAAGAAGGGCAAAAGCCUUACCAAGGCGGCCACGAGCGACGAUGAAAAGGAUGAUGAAGAAUCAGGCAAGCCUGGUAAGGUCCGAUCUGAGCACAGCGUUUGGAUUGGUAACCUCCCCUUCACCCUGACCGCCAAGGAGCUGCGCCAAUGGCUGGUUGACAACUCUGGCGGUGUUAUCACCGACGAAGCAAUCACGAGAAUUAAGCUUCCUACCGUCAAGGUUCCUGGCGGAAGACCCAAAGAUGAAAAGCCCGCCAACAAGGGAUUCGCCUACGUCGACUUCACCGAUAUUGGUGGCAAGGUGGCUGCCAUUGCCCUCUCUGAAACCGAGCUCAACGCCCGCCGACUGCUUAUCAAGGACGCCAAAUCAUUUGAAGGACGUCCCGCUAAGGAAAAGGAAGAGGGCGAGGGCGAGGACAAAGCUGGCAAAAAGGUCAAUGGCAAACCUGACGCUGAUGCCGUGGACCCCAACGCAAGCCGCAAGGUGUUUGUUGGCAAUCUGAGUUUUAAGGUUACUGAAGAUGAUGUCUGGCAAAACUUUGAAAAGUGCGGAGAAAUCGAGUCUGUUAAACUCGCUACGUUUGAGGAUACUGGCAAGUGCAAGGGAUUCGGCUGGGUUAAGUUUAAGACGGCACAGGGUGCCGCCUGGGCUGUCAAGGGCUUUGUUAAGAUCAAGGAAGCAGUCGAAACUGAAGCCGAUUUCCAGGACGAUGCCGACGAGGAGAAGAAGCAGGAGCAAAAACAGUUCAAGACCCGCAAGUGGUGGGUAAACAGGCUGAUGGGCCGCGAGCUUAAGCUGGAGCUUGCUGAGGACGACCAAUCACGAUACCGCAAGAGAUUUGGUAAGGAUAGACCCAAAGACGGUGAGGCUCGUCCUCCUAGAGACAGAGGAAACUUCAACAGAAGAGAAGGCAACAACAGGGCACCGGUUUCUGAGGUCCGGCCGUCCAAGGACACCGAUAUCAAUGUUGCGCGUCUCACGGGUCAGGUCGUGGAGCACACUGGUACCAAGACGAGUUUUGAUUAGAGCGCGAACGCCAUGUACAUACUAUAUUUUAUGUUGGAUUAAUGUCAAAUUAUAUAUUGCCAUGAGAAU